GGGUCUCUGGGGUGUCCCCGCUCCCCGCGGGACGCCGCUGUCCCGGCGAUGUGUCCCUAGCGGGGCUGCAGGGCGGGCAGGGCCCGUGUGAAGCCAUGGCCGGCAGCAGCAGCCGCAGCCCGAGCCCGGAGCGGGGCCCCGGCGCCGCCGCCCCCUCGGCCGAGCAGGCGCUGCUGCGGGCCGGGCUGGCGCUGUCGGAGCGGCCCGCGGCGCUGCGGGAGCUGGCCGCGCUGCUGGAGGCGGCGGAGCCGCGCUGGCUGCUGGGCUCGGCGGGCUCGGCGGCGCUGGCCCGGCUGGCCGCGGCGCUGGGCGGGCUGGCGGCUCCGCCGCGCCGGGAGCGGGACGGGGCCGAGCCGCCGGGCCGGGACGCGGCGCUGGCCGCCGCGGCGGAGCGGGCGGAGCGCGUUGGCGCCGCGUUCCUGCUGCUCCUGCGGAAGCUGGAAGAUGCCCGCGGCCAGCGGUCGCCGGGAGCGGCGGCGGCGGGGCCCGUUCCGCAGCGGGUGCUGGGACACGCGUUCAUCUUUGCUGUCACGCACAAAGACGAGAGGCCCUGGACCACGGCGAGGAGUCGGGCGGUGGCUCAGGAGCUGCUGGAGCGGCUGGUCCGGGCUGCGGACUGCGGGUCCGUGGAUGAAUUCCUACGGGGAAAGGAGGAGGAUGAGGAAGGAAGAUUCGGAGUGGUGAUGGGGCUCCUGAAGCAGGAGUUAACCAAAGACACCUGGAAGUGUAACCCUGCCUCCAAAGACGUGUUCUCCUGGACUCUGCUGCGUGUCAGCCGGCCCUGGCUGUGCCCACACCUGGAACAGGUCCUGCCCCCCGCGCUGCUCCUCUCCGACGACUUCCAGGAGGAGAACAAAGUGCUGGGCGUGCGCUGCCUGCACCACAUCGUCCUCAACGUGCCAGGAGCUGAUCUGUGUCAGUUCAACAGGGCCCAGGUGGUGUUCCACGCCCUCUACAACCACCUCUACUCACGGGAGGCCCCUCUCAUCCAGGCAGUGCUGCUGUGCCUGCUGGACCUGCUGCCCGUCCUGGAGCGAUGCCAGCGGCGCCAGGGCCAGGGCAGAGCCACGUCCCCCUGGGACCAGGUGCUGCAGCUGGUGCUGACCCACAUGGAGGCCGAGCACCGGCUGGCGCUGCGCAGGGUCUACGCAGGGAGCCUGCCCGCCUUUGUCACCAGACUCGGCAUCCACAUCGUGAGGCACCUGAAGAGGCUGGAGCGAGUCAUCCUGGGCUACCUGGAGGUCUCUGAUGGGCCUGGGGAAGAGGCCAGACUGGGAAUCCUGGAGACGCUGCAGUGCACCAUAGAGCACGCCUGGCCCAGGAUGCCCUGCAGGCUGCCCGUGCUCCUCAAGGCCCUGCUGAGGCUGCUCUGGGACGUUCACACGGAGCGGGGCCCGACCCCUGAACCCAUCAGGGCUGCACUGAUGCACCGGGCCACCCAGUGCCUCAUCCUGCUGGAUCGCUGCUGCCAGGGCCGGGUGAAGGUGCUGCUGGCAGGGGUGCACAGCAGCUGUGAGGAGCAGCGGCUGCGGGAGUGCCUCAGGAAGGUGCAGGAGAGCACCUGAGGAGCCUGACACUGCUCAUCCCCUUUUGUACAAUAAAACUGUUGUGUUUAUUUAAA